CUUGUUCACUCUUUGCAGCUUUCAGCAACACAUUCAGAUAAUAGUCAUUCCUCAAGACCAAUUAGAAGUAGUUCAGUUACUCGCCCUUCCAUAUCAUCUACUGUGCACCACAAUACCUAUUCCUCCAAUUCUAACAGAUCCUCCUCAAUGCUCAAUACCAGCUCAAUGUCAGUUACAUCUUCUAGACCAUCUACUCCAACUAGCCGCUCAAGUUCUACCGCAAGACCUAUAACUCCAUCUGCCCGUCUAGUGCAAUCACGUUCAUCUACUCCUGCGAAAUCCCGGCCAGCUCCCACUAGUUCUUAUGGAGAGAAAACCCGAGUUACCCAGAACUCAAGACCAUCAACCCCAACUAACAGAUCUCAAACAACUGGAAACUUGAGUUCUAUAUCGGCUCGAUCAAAUUCACGGCCAUCAACUCCCACUCGUCGGACCGCUACUCCAGCUCCUGCUUCAGCUCCAGCAGCAGGUCGCUCCAUUUCUGUGGGACGGGUCCUUCCAAAUGGCCGGAAUUCAGCACCACCAUCUCGAGGAAGCUCUCCAAGUCCACGACCACGCCCUCCACAGAAGCCAAUUGUUCCCCCUGAUUUCCCACAUGAAACACCACCAAACCUGAGGACAACAUUGCCAGACCGACCUGUAUCUGCGGGUAGAUCUCGCCCAGGCGUUGCAGUCACUGCCAGGGGAAACUCAGAGACAUCAGUGUCCGGCCGAGCUCAGGUGGAGAAGUUAUUGCACUAUAUUAUGGAAAAAUCUCCAGAGGAUGCGAAAAGCAAGCAUGUUUUCACGUACACCGCUUUGACUUGA